UAUAGUACUGCUGUAUCAUAGCAACUGUGGAGAAUUCUGAAACAGUUAGCUGCGUUCUUUUCCACAAGGAGUUACUAGAAAUGCCUUCAGGAAGCUUAAAAGUGCAACUCUCAGCAGAGACCAGUCUCCGGCCCAGACGAGAACACUGAGUUUGAUGACUGUUGCAGUGCAGAAAGUAAAAGAAUGGCAUUAGCAAGUGGACAGUGGAUGACUAAAGAAGUCAAAGGUGACUCCCCAAGUCCAAGGCAUGGUCAUGCUCUAACAGUGGCUGGAAAUAUAGCAUUUGUCUUUGGUGGCUUUUCUACUACAAACUCACUAGAUGACCAACCAAAAUACAUGAAUGACUUCUAUAUGUUAACAGUUACACCAACAGAUCUGACUUGGGAAGUGGUGCCACAGCAGGGACAAAUACCAGCUCAAAGAGAAGGACAUGUUCUCAGUAUAGUAAAAGGGAAGAUGUACUUGUUAGGAGGUUCUGCGGAUCCAAAUGCUGAGGAAUGUUUACCUGGAAUCUACUGCUUUGACAUUGGAUCUCUAACAUGGCAGAAGCUGACAAGUAGUGGGGUAGCACCUCGGACUUUAAAACAUGGUGCAGCAGUGGUUGAGGAAAAUAUUUACAUUUUUGGAGGCAUUCGAAAUGGCACAGUUGUUGAUGACCUCCUAAUGUUUAACACAGUGUCUCUCACUUGGACACCAAUUAAAACCAAAGGCUCAGUACCAGCUGCCAGGUAUGGACAUACAUUGACUACAGUCGCAGAAUUAAUAUACAUGUUCGGAGGUUGGUCUGAGGAAAGCAUUUCUUUCAAAGAUGUUUACGUACUUGAUACAGCUACAUUCACAUGGCAGCUCUAUGAAGUGAAAGGUGAUGUACCAGACAGCAGAGCUUACCACACAUCCACACCCCAUCAUGACAAGGACAUUUAUGUGUUUGGAGGAACAAGUGAUUACCAAGAUGGUAACAUAACUUCAAUGAAUGAUGUCACAAAACUAAGCCUUGCAAAGAUGAAGUGGAAGCAACCACUUUAUGUUGGGAUUUCUCCUGUCUGCAGAGCUAAGCAUACAGCAUUUAUUCUUCACAGCCAUUUUUAUAUCUUUGGAGGCAUUAAUGAAGAGCAGGAAUUUAAUGACAUCUUGGUGAUGAAGCUUAUCAACCCUUCUGACAGACAGCCAAUUAUGAAGGAAAUUCUCUCUGAAUUUGGAAUCCAAGGAGUAAGCCACAGGUUCUCUCCAACUAAGAUACCAAAAGUAAGAUAUGACUUAUCAGAACCUCCAUAUCCUCCAGAAGUGGAAUCACCACCUCCAGUUGCUGUAAUAGAUGACAAAGAUUUCUGUGCAGUUCGAAACCAAGCUAUGGAUUUAAUUUCAAGAUCAUUUACCUUGCUGAACUCUGAAUUUCAGAAACUUAACAUAGAAAAGGCUGCAUUCACACAGGCCAAGAUUGCAUUUCAGCAAGAAAAGGAGGCAUAUGGGAAGCAAUACAGGAAACAACAACAGGAGCUCCAGGAAAUGCUUGAAAAACACCGGGUUCAGAAUGAGGCCUGGCUUCUAGCAAGAGCAGAAGAAAAUGACAAAGAAAGGAAGGAGUUAUGCAGACUGAGGGAAGAGAUACUGCAUGAUCAAGAAAAGCUGAAAGAGGAACAACAGAAAAUUGAAAAACGCAAUCAGCAACUGCUUAGCAUUAUGCAACAGUUCAAAGGAAUGUGAAGUGGUUUAUCUCCUGCAGUCUAAACUGUCAAGCAUGGAGUAAACAAUUGUCUGAAAUAUAUUUUAAAAUCAGUAAUCUGUGUCUGAUCCAGAGAUCAACAUUUAAAAUAAUCUGUGUUUUGUAUGUACCAGUAGUAGGAAGCCUUUUGAAUAAAAUAUGAAGACUGUUUCCGUCUAGAACCAGUGUUAUGAAGGCUAACAAAUAAAGAAAAUGAGCUGG